AUGCAUAUCCCAACGCUCUUCUACACCCUCGCAACCCUCACUAUCACUACCGCCGUCCCUGUCGCAGCGGGAAAGUCCAUGACCGCACCUACACCCACACAGGCCAUGAUGGCUCCUCCAUCGCAGGUCUCCCCCGUGGAAUCCCCUUCAAUGACUCCCGUCGGAGCGUACCAGUGCCCGCAGAAACAAUUCAAGAGAUGCUGCAUGUCCCUUCAACAGACUUCUCGCAUGCUUAUCGAUGGCAUCGGGGAACUUGUCCCGGCUCUGGGCGGAAUCUCUGUCAGCUCGCAGAUCUCGUUCGAUUGCAAAGCUAUGGCCGAUGAUGUCUCCCCGAACGCUUGUGAUGCGGAGGGGUAUGGUCCUAUGUGCUGCAAUUCCGAGAAUGGGGGAUCCGGAAUCAACGCCUGCAAGCCCUUCGAGGAAGUCAAGGAGAAGUACUACAAGUCUUUCGGAUACAACAAGGGUGAUGAGACUCAGGCGGAGUAUAUCGAGGAUGCUCUCUCCUAA